CCAUCAAAAAUAGUAAAAGAUCAGAAUAUAGAGAGAAUGGAGAUCACGAUGCUGUCAAAGCAAAGUAUAAAGGCUCAUGGUUCUCCAUCCCAUCCUUUCGUCUCUCAUCAUCACCACCAGCUCAUUCACCAACCCAGCUUUGACAACCACUUCUCAAGACACCCCAAGACAACCGCAUCAACCAAUCUCAAAAUGAAGUUCUUCACCACCCUCCUCUCCAUGGUAACCCUCACCUCCGCCGCCGCAGUAAACCACGACUUCUACGCCCCUGUCGACGCCCUCGCCAAACGUGAAGCCGCCGCAGCCCUCAGCUUCGACCCUGCCCACGACCCCCUCUCCGCCCGCGGUGACGAAGACGUCAAUAUCAUCACCGCUUCUCUCGAGGACGGAGCCGAAAAGGUAGAAAUCAUUGUCGACGGUGUUUCCCAGGGGUAUCUGAUCGUCAGUCCUGAUGGCGAUGUCCAAGGCUUCGACGGCAACGGCACCUUGGUCGACCUCGACGCCGUCCUCGCCGCUCGUGACGUUGAGCACGUUGACAAGCGCGCUCUUGGCUGGCUCCAGGUUCUGGCUAGACUUGCUCCCAUCAUCACAAAGUUUGGCCAACGGGUUGUCAACUGGUUGAGGUGUGUUGGUGCUUGGAGUUUGAUUUUGGAUUGUGCUCCCAAGCUCAUCAACUGCGCUACUUAUGGCAAGGCACCUUGGGAGUGCAUUGCUGGGAUUAACUGCAUUGGAAAGGCUGCUAGAAACUGCUAAACAGACUGUCGAGGUUGCUCUGGAGGGAGACUGAGACUUGCGGGCGAGGUGUCAUGAGAUUUUUGCUUGGAUGGUUGGACUGCGUGGUUUUGUUAGUUGUCUUUGGCUUCGCUGUGUGUUUAAGAUAUGAUAUUCUUUAGGCAGGUGGUGCGGUGGCCUGGUCUAAGACAAGUCAGCUGAGUGAGUUGAAAACAGUUUAUCGUUGUGAUGUCAUACUGGUCCUUCGUCUUGUGAGCUGGGCUGCCCAAUCAGAGCUUUUCCCCUCUUGUGACUGAGACCUUCUCAUUGGGGAAGAGCACAGCCACAUCUCGAUCGUGAGCCUUAGCCCCGUAUUCAGGGGCCAGUAAGCAGGGGUAAUGUUUC